AUGAGUAAGCAACAACACAAUUCUGUCCAUAAUUUUCUUAAUCACCAUUUUGUUUCAGUGCACACCCAAUUCUACAACUUCAACAUCCUAACCAGAGUCAUCCAGGGUGUACCAACUCAGAUAGAACGAUACCCCAUCCUUGCUCAGCUGUUGCUGGACGCAUGGGGCACUCAGGAGUUCGUGCAGCACUGCGCAGGAGUCAUUCUGACUUCACGCCAUGUGCUGUCAGCCGCGCACUGCUUUCAAAAUAACGAUCAUACGGGCAGGAAUUACACACAUCCCAAAUAUUGGAAGCUUCGAGUUGGCUCGUCAUACCGCUCUGGGGGUGGGGUACUCCAUAAUUUGAAGACCAUCAUACCCCAUCGUGGUUUCGACAAAUACUUCUACACAAACGACAUUGCGAUCGUAGUGGUAUCUAAGCCUUUUGCGUUCAAUACAAAUGUUAGACAAGGCACGAUUAUCAAGCAAGGAGUCGAGAUUAAACCUGAUUCUCUUUGCACUCUGGUCGGAUGGGGGGUUUUAGAGCCUGAUGGUCCACAGCCAGAUCAAUUACAGCACACAAACCUCUUCACAAUAGACCAACACAUUUGUGCGAUGCGAUACAAUACAAUAGGCGCAGUCAUUCAAGACUCCAUGAUGUGCGCUGGACGAGUGGACACAGGAGGCCCAGACGGCUGUUUUGGGGACUCCGGUGGUCCUUUACUAUACAAAGGCCUAGUCGCAGGCAUUGUGUCUUUCGGCUAUUCCUGUGGACAUCGCUACUUUCCCGGUGUUUAUACAAAAGUCUCACAUUACACCAAUUGGGUUUUGAAAACUGUUAAUAGCAAUAAAUAA